UAUCAGGGAAGAUGGGACUCACAUAUGAUGGCGGACUACUGCUGGAGUUUGAAACGAGAUCUACCUAACGUCGUUCAUGCAAGAAAAUCAUAUAAAAGAUCAUUUGAUAGUGUUUAAUAGAUAUUUUGUUGAAAUAUGUAUUAGUUUUUUGUCUUUAUUUGGUCGAAAUUAUGAAACUGUAUAUUUUAAAAAGUAAAGCUGUUGGCAAUCUCACAGUAUUUUUUUCAUAGUCAGGACCAUAGAAAUAACCAAUAAGAGAGAAAAAAAUGAAGGAAACCAGAAUCGUGUUGACCAGUGUAAUAUGUGAUAUUAUUCUCACUUUACAGCAAUUGUUGACAUCUGUGCUAAAAGAUUUUGCGCAAAUUAUAGGAAAUAAAUCUUUGGACACCAAUACCAGCAAACUAAAAACGAAAGCUUGGGAAGAUGUUUGCAAAAAGUAAGUUCUAAUAUUUAUAAUAAUAAUAUCUCACUCCAUAACCCAAUAAUCUGGUCCACUUAACAUCCCAUCCACAUAGCCCAAAUCAGUUGUUCCCUUCCUGGCAAUAGUUUGGCAGAUGUGGAGUCCAUAGUCGGAAUCCCUAAACUUGUCAGCUACCAUGACCCUAAGAAACCCCACAAAUGGGGCUACAAAAACUUUACCCUUAGCGGCAAUUCAGGAUUUAGUUUAAUAAAUUAAAAAUGCUGAAACACGUGUUCUUUUAUUGCAGUAAAGGGUUAAAAACAUCAUGAUUGAGUUGAAGAGGAAGAUUUUGACAAAUUUGGACACAUCCACAUUAUUACGGCAAUAUACUGGGUCAAAGGAUUUAGACGCCUUAGUAGUAUAAGAAGCCUUUUGCACCUUUGGUGCUUAAAUUAACACACAUCAAGAUCCUGUCAUCUGUGCACUCAUGAGAGAUGAAAUGUUUAUCAGAAAAUCACUUAUUAGAAAUGCAUAGUCAAAACUAUAUCACGGUCGAGUAAACAUUGGGUCUGACAUUGAUAGUGACAGUGCUCAUGUAGCAAACCAAAGUUUUGUAUUUUAACUAAACUGUGUUAAUGGAAAAUGGAAACUGGCCGUAGCAUGCUUUUCUCAUCACUAGUUUAAGUAGUGAACAAAGUAGUUGGUCUGUUGUUUUCAUGUUUAUACAAAUGUUUUGAGGUAGGUGUUACUGUUAGCAGCGUGAUGUGGCUGCAUCGAAUUUUUCCAUGUUUCAAUGUAUGAGGUGCAAUCUCAUGCAAUGAAAGGAGACCUUCUCUUUCGAGGAUUUAAAAAAAAAUUGAAUUCAUCGAUUCUUGUCAUGUGCUGAAAUUAGUAAGAAUCGCUUUUAUUGAUAAACAAUUUUUUUAUGAUUCAUUUGGAGCAAAAAUUGAUUAUAAUUUACAAGUAAAUCUUGUAGAAUUGGAAAAGAGCAAAGGCUGCUGCCAUCUGCCAGGUAAAUAUGGAAUAUGGUGGUUUUCCGAUUGAACUGAGUUUGGAUGUUAAUCUACAUAAGUAAUCUCCCACCUAAUCAGUCUUAUUAAUAAAAAUCGCUUACUCCAAACUUAAUUCCAAUUUACGCUAGGACUUGUUAAUCCGAGAGUAACAGCGCAUUAUGUUGUAAAUUUUUUUGUUAUUAACCCUAGAUUACUAACCUUCGUCGAUUCGACGACGCGUCACCAAAAAAAUCGCGAUAACUUUUGCGCGCGCGACCGUGCGGUUUUCUAAUUCGAGCUAAUCCCAGUCGACCCGUUGCCCUCGCGACGGACGGUAGUCUUCUGUGCGUAGGGGGGCUGUGCGCGCCGUUCCAGCAACCAUGGCUCGUCGCAUCGACGAAGAUGCGGUCCUUGCGGUGUUAUUAAAUGAUGACAGUGAGGAGGAAAAUUUUUCAGAGAGUGAGCCCGAAGACCACCUUGAGGCUGAUCCCGCGUAUGAAACGGAGGGUGAAGAUGAAGUUUUUACUGUGAAUGACGAGCAACUUCCGGAUGAAGAUUAUGAGGCAAGUGAUACAUCUCCACCAUGUUCUACUGAUGACGCGACACCUAGCACUUCAGCAGACCGUAGCGACUUGAUUAUAAGACCAUCGCGUACUAUUCUUCGUGGGAAAGAUAAACACAAAUGGUCGUCACAACAGUCAAGGUCACUAAGCAGAACAGCUUCAAGGAACAUAGUUCAUAUAAGACCUGGACCUGUACGCUCUUGUAAAAAUCUUUUAGAGCCUCUGGGAUGCUUUUCAUGUUUCAUUACUGAUAAUAUGAUUGAUUUAAUUGUCACCCACACCAAUGCCGAGAUAGCAAUAAAAUCUCAUAAAUAUAAAACAUUAAAAUCUACACAGAGACCAACCGAUCCUAAUGAAAUUAGAGCUCUCAUUGGCAUUCUCACAUUAUCUGCAGCAAUGAAAGAUAAUCAUUUACCAUCCAGAGAGUUGCUUGACACCACGUUCUGUGGCAAUCGAUAUCGCAGUGCAAUGUCCUGUAAGAGGUUUGAUUUCCUAAUAAACUGCCUAAGAUUUGACGAUAAGUCUACGCGUCAAGAACGGAGGUUAACCGAUGUCUUCGCUCCCUUUCGAGAUAUUUGGGACCUUUUCAUAGCUAAGUGUCGAGAGAACUAUAAACCUGGAUGCUACCUCACCAUUGAUGAACAGUUGUUAGGUUUCAGAGGCAGAUGUCCCUUUCGUAUAUAUAUACCAAAUAAACCCAAUAAAUAUGGUAUAAAAAUUGUGAUGGUUGUAGACAAUUCUACAAAGUAUAUGGUGGAUGCAGAGCCUUAUCUAGGUUCGUCUACUAAAACAGAUGGAGUACCACUUGGUGAAUAUUUUGUGAAAAAAUUGACAAGGACUGUUCAUGGCACAAAUAGAAAUAUCACUAUGGACAAUUGGUUCACUUCGGUGCCACUAGCCAAAAGUUUAGUAAAAGAACCAUAUAAGCUGACAUUGGUUGGAACUCUACGAGCUAACAAAAGGGAAAUACCGGUAGAGUUUCAAAAUGAACGCACCAGAAGAACUGGAACAGCUGUUCUGUUAUGAUAACGAACUAACACUACUAUCCUACAAACCAAAACCCCAAAAAGUUGUAUUCCUACUAUCAACGUGUGACGAAGAGGGAACCAUUAAUGUAGAAACUAAAAAGCCUACAAUGAUUGAGUUUUAUAAUCAAACCAAAGGAGGGGUAGAUACU